AUGUUAGAAUCAUUAUCAAAAGGUUUAAUUGUUGAUCCUUUACCUAAUCACCCAGGUAUUGAUCUAUCUGUACCUCAUGCACCAGGUAGACCUGUUAAAUUGGAUUCAUUUGAUAAAAAAUUGGCAAUAAAAAAUGCACUUAGAUAUUUUCCAACAAUACAUCAUCAAGUAUUGGGAAAGGAAUUUUUAGAUGAAUUGGAUAAGUAUGGUCACAUUUAUAUGUAUAGAUUUAGACCAAUCGAUUAUGAAAUGAAGGCAUAUCCAAUUGAUAUGUAUCCAGCCAAAUGCAAGCAAGCAGCAUCGAUCAUGUUGAUGAUUAUGAAUAAUCUAGACAAGGAAGUUGCUCAAUUUCCUCAUGAAUUGAUCACCUAUGGUGGCAAUGGUUCAGUCUUUUCAAAUUGGGCUCAAUAUCAUCUCAUUAUGAAAUAUCUCUCUCAAAUGACUGAUCAUCAAACACUAUCAAUGUAUUCUGGUCAUCCAAUGGGCCUCUUUCCAAGUUUACCUUCUUCUCCAAGAUUAAUCAUUACAAAUGGAAUGGUUAUUCCGAAUUAUUCUUCUCGUCAAGAUUAUGAAAAAAUGUAUGCAAUUGGAGUAACACAAUAUGGACAAAUGACAGCAGGUAGUUAUUGUUAUAUUGGACCACAAGGUAUCGUUCAUGGUACAACUAUAACAUUGUUGAAUGCUGGUAGAAAGUAUUUAUCGAUUGAAAGUUUGGCCGGUAAAUUAUUUAUCACUUCUGGUCUUGGUGGUAUGAGUGGUGCUCAAGCCAAGGCUGCUGUCAUUUGUGGAGCUAUUGGUGUUGUAGCUGAAGUUAGUCUUGAUGCUGUAACCAAACGUCAUAAACAAGGUUGGGUUAUGGAAGUAUACAGCGAUCUUGACGAAUUAAUUAAUCGUAUCAAAUUGGCCAAAAUUGAAAAGAAACCACUCUCUAUUGCCUAUCAUGGUAAUGUUGUUGACCUUUGGGAAAAGUUGGCACAAUCAGAUGUAGACGUUGAAUUGGGUUCUGAUCAAACCUCUCUUCACAAUCCAUUCAAUGGUGGUUAUUAUCCAGUUGACAUUACAUUUGAACAAUCAAAUGAAAUGAUGGUCAAAAAUCCAACAGAAUUUAAAUUGCUCGUUGAAAAGAGUUUGGUUCGUCAUGCAGAGGCAAUCAAUACAUUGUCUGCACGUGGAAUGAAAUUUUGGGAUUAUGGAAAUAGUUUCCUUUUGGAAUGUAAACGUGCCAAAGCAAAUAUAAUGAAAAAUGAAAGAGAAUUUCUUUAUCCAUCCUAUGUACAAGAUAUUAUGGGUGAUAUAUUUUCACUUGGUUUUGGUCCAUUCCGUUGGGUUUGUACUUCAAAUGAUCCAACUGACCUCGAAAAAACAGAUACCAUUUCUCGCCAAGUCAUUGAACGUUUACGUAAUGGUGAUAUUCCAAACAACGUCCAUCAACAAUACAAUGAUAAUCAUCUUUGGAUUUCUCAAGCUGGUCAACAUCGUCUUGUUGUCGGCUCGCAAGCUCGUAUUCUCUAUUCAGAUUGUAUUGGUCGUGUAGAAAUUGCUAUUGCCUUUAACAAUGCUGUCAAAGAUGGUACUCUUAAAGCACCAGUCGUCAUUAGUCGUGAUCAUCACGAUGUAUCUGGUACUGACGCACCUUGGAGAGAAACUAGUAAUAUUGUCGAUGGCUCUCAAUUUUGUGCAGACAUGGCAGUUCAAAACUUUGUUGGUGAUGCUCAUCGUGGUGCUACUUGGAUUUCACUUCACAAUGGUGGUGGAACUGGUUGGGGUGAAGCUAUCAAUGGUGGUUUUGGUCUUGUCCUCGAUGGCUCUGCCGAUGCAGAUAGCCGUGCUCGUAUGAUGCUCGCUUGGGAUGUAAAUAAUGGUAUCGCUCGUAGAUCUUGGAGUUACAAUGAUAACGCUGAAGCUACCAUUAAUAGAGCUAUGCAACAUGAUCCAUUGUUGCAAGUUACGAUUCCAAAUCAUACAAAUGAUCAAUUGUUGUUGGAUUUGGGACUUUAA